AUGCAAGUGGGGUUUGUUCCCACCACCACACAUGUCCUUACUGCUUACACACACCCCAAAACACCCGUGGGCUCUCCUUUGCCCCCACACACACUCCUCAUGAUCAAUAAAAACAAAACAAAACCAAGCAAACUCUCUCAAAAGACAGUUCUCAAACAAAUCCUAAAAAGAUGUUCAAGCCUAACCAAGAAAAACGGCAACGAUCAAGAUGAUGAUGAUGUUCAAGAUCUUCCUCUUGAUGUACCAAAAGGGAGUCGUGAACCAGUUACUGACCCUGACUUCUCUUUGCCAACUAACGUAGAAAGAGAUACCAAGAAGACUGUGAAGAAAAAGAAGCAAGCCAAGGAAAAGAACCAAAAAGCCGAGAAGGAAUCACCAACUCAUGUUUUCUUUGUUGUUGACUUAAUAGGUACUUCUGAUGGAGUUACUACUCAAAGCAGAAGCAAAGCCAUUGAAGUAAUACAAAAAAACACGAGGGAAUAUUUUCCUUCUUAUAAAUAUGAGGGAGACCAAGACUAUUUGGAUUAUCUGGAUGAAAUGAUGAACCAGCCAGAGAGCUCCAUUGAUAGUUAUUAG